ACUGUAGUGGUUUAGCAAAGUUUUGUCUGGGUAAUCUAAUCUCACCAACCCAAAAAAUUCAGCAGAUAUGGCCAUGAAUUCUACUGCAAUGGCAGCAACACCAUCCUUGCCAACUACAGCAGGAGGAGGAGGAAGGACUGUGCCAUGUUCACCACGUUUUCUGCAAUGUUGCAAUUGCAGCUAUCUUCAGUAUCUAAACCGAGCAACCACACAUAGCAGACCAGACUCCAGUUUAUAUGCUAUCAUUCAAGAAAGAACCACCCAUCAUCAUAAUCUUCGAUUCAGACCCAUCUUCAAAGCGGCCGAUUCAACUCAGCCCACCACCAGCACCCCUUCCGCCGACAAGUCCCUUGUUCCCGAUGAUGAGUUUUCCCUCGCCAAGGUCUCAUUCGGGGUGAUUGGCCUAGGUGGUGGAAUUACACUUCUCUCGUAUGGUUUUGGGGCAUACUUCAACAUCCUUCCUGGAUCUGAGUGGUCUGCUUUAAUGCUUACAUAUGGGUUUCCACUAACAAUCAUUGGAAUGGCUUUCAAGUAUGCAGAGCUUAAACCUGUGCCCUGCUUGACCCAUUCAGAUGCUCAAAAGCUGCGGGAAAGUUGUGCUACCCCAACCCUCAAGCAGGUCAGAAGUGAUGUUACAAGAUAUCGUUAUGGAGAUGAGCAGCACCUAGACGAGGCAUUGAAAAGGAUUUUCCAGUAUGGUCAGGGUGGAGGAAUUCCACGAAGAAGUGCUCCAGUUUUACAGAUGAUUCGUGAAGAAGUUACUGAGGAUGGUAAAUACUGUUUAAUAUUGGUAUUUGAGGCAAAAGCUCUACAAUUGUCAGAUUUUGAACAAAGACAGGCAAAAUUUGCAUCUUUCUUUGGACCCGGGAUAACAGCUGAAGUCGUGAAGGGAGGUAAAGAUUUGUAUGAAAUUCGACUUAUUUCUAACACAAUACUGUAGACCGUCCUGCGAUAUCCCAGCAUCAAAUCCGGCCUGUACUUGAAACAUAAGCUGUGGGUUUUGCUUAGGUUGUCUAAUGAUUUUGUAAUUUUAUGUAUAGGAAAUUGAUUCAUACAGUCCUCAAGAAAGGACUUCACGAAAUUGCUUGGUAUUUUUAGUUAUUUAGUAUUCUAAUUCUAAAGAUAUCAUGAUGUUAUCGAGAGUUGCUGAGAUUUUUGGGAUAAUUCUCUGUUUUUUCCCCCUGUUUUCAACGAUAUCUUAAUGAAGCAUGGUGGAAACUCUCCAAAACCUGCUUUAUGCCUGA